CUAACGGUGUGGUUUAUUUACAUUCAGGAGUUCUUGCUAGCUUCUCUCGGUGACAGUUACCGGUGACGAGACUUGUCUUGAGCUUUACCUGAUGGUGUUUAUAAUUAAGCUCUGCAUUUAGGGCUUUUAUUACACACUCUUCUCUCGGUCUGACAGUUUCCUGGCCCUGGCUUGAAAUAGCCAGGACCGGGGCUGGCUAACGGAACUAGCCAGCUAGCUACAAAGCUAGUCAGUGUUAAAGGUUUCUGUUUUGUUUUUCUAAAAACGUAUACAAUUUAGAGUGUUAGAUAUGGCAGUGGUCAACGAAGGAGCGCUUAAAAAGAUGUUGAAGCAAUACAAAUAUCGUGACCUGACGGUUCGUGAGAUCACAAAUGUUAUGCUGCAGUACAAAGAUUUAAAACCUCUGAUGGAUGCUUAUGUUUUUAAUGAUGGAUCAACAAGGGAUCUAAUGAGUUUAACUGGGACAGUGCCAGUGAGCUACCGAGGAAAUGUGUACAAUAUUCCUGUGUGUCUAUGGCUGUUGGACACAUACCCCUACAACCCACCUAUUUGUUUUGUAAAACCAACAAGCGCAAUGAUGAUCAAGACUGGGAAACAUAUCGAUGCUAACGGAAAGAUCUACCUACCCUAUCUGCACGAGUGGAAGCAUCCUCAGUCUGACCUGUAUGGCCUGAUCCAAGUGAUGAUUGUUGUUUUUGGAGAGGAGCCUCCAGUAUUCUCUCGGCCUACGUCUCAGCCAGCUUACCAGGCGUUCCAGGCCACAGGACCCCCAAAUCAGUCAUAUAUGCCUGGCAUGCCUGCCUAUGGCCCAAACCCGAAUCCAUGUGGCUACCCAGGUUAUUCUUACCCUGGAGGGAGUGCGUAUCCUUCAACGGGGGGUCCUACACACUACCAGUCCCAGCCUCCAGUCACCGCAGUGGGUCCGAGUCGAGACGCCACCAUUGGGGAGGACACUAUCCGUGCCUCUCUCAUCUCGGCAGUGAGCGAUAAACUGCGCUGGAGGAUGAAGGAGGAGAUGGAUCGGGCUCAGGCAGAGCUGGAUGCACUUAAGCGCACUGAAGAGGAUCUGAAAAAGGGCCAUCAGAAGCUGGAGGAGAUGGUGUCCAGGCUCGACCAGGAAGUGGCUGAGGUGGACAGGAAUAUUGAGCUUUUAAAGAAGAAAGAUGAGGAGCUGACCGAGGCUCUGGAGAAAAUGGAGAAUCAGUCCGAAAACAACGAUAUCGAUGACGUCAUUGUUCCCACAGCACCACUCUACAAGCAAAUCCUGAAUCUGUAUUCAGAGGAGAACGCAAUCGAAGACACCAUCUUCUACCUCGGCGAGGCAUUGCGCCGAGGCGUCAUUGAUCUAGAGGUCUUUCUCAAGCAUGUCCGCCUGCUCUCCAGGAAACAGUUCCAGCUGCGAGCGCUUAUGCAAAAAGCUCGGAAGACUGCUGGACUCAGUGACCUCUACUGAGCCCACUGCCAUCAGAACUCAAGAUAUGUCUGUAUUCUGUUUCUUAAACAUUUGUGUAUCCCCCCAUCCCAAUUUCCAAAACACUGGAUGAUCUCUGUUAUACCCCCACGCUGUUGAAUCCUCAAACAUGAUGGGUCAGUAGGUGUUUAUCAUUUUCCUGUAACAGCAGCUAUGACAGUAGACCGAGCCACAAAGCAAAUCACAAGUUUAUAUUAAUGCACUCAUUCUAAUAUGCUACCACUAAUAAAGGUGCACAUUUUCAGGAACCUAUUAGUUGAGGUCAAUGUCAACUAAGUGUAUCAAGUGCUCCACAUAAUCUAAAGCUAGAAAUAUAGAUGUUAUUUAAUAUUUAUGGAAGGAGUCACGGGUGUCAACACUUUGUAACAGUACAACAGGAGAAUGUAAAGGACCGAGGCCUAUUUGUUGUGGCGACAAAUUAACUUCAUGAGGUACUGACUGUUUAUAGCUGCUAUAGCACAAGGUUAAACAGCAACCUGUUCCAAUAAUAUUAAUUGUAACCACUCAGAUAAAUGACUUUUAUAAUGAAUAAUAUAAUUGCAAACUAAUGUGAUCUAAGAAAUAAACGCUUUCUUGCAAUACGCUGUGAUAGGAAAAGAAUCUAUUUCACGUCAGGCCCAGCCGCACCAUCCUGUAAUUCAUUUUCCUUAUAAGUAUUUUACUCAUUUUUUCUCAUAAAAAGGUUAAAUUCAGUAAUUAGGACAGAAACAUGGUAACUGUCUCAUAGACUAAAGACUAGAGGUGGGGAUUUUUCUCUUUUGAUGCACAUGAGAAAGGAAAAUCAAAGUUAUGCACAUUUUCUGUAUCUAAAGCUUCCUUUUAUUUCCUUUUGUGCUCUUGGAUUUUGGAUUUUUUACGCUUUACGUAGCAUAUAGUAGGUCCUUUAUCAUUUUAAUAACAAAAUCCGUUUGCUCAGAUUUAUCGUUUUUGUGUUUUACCAAUAAACGGUCAGUCCAACAUGUAGCCCAGUCAGUUGGUGCUGAUGUCUUUCACACUCCUUUUUAAUUUCAUUGAGCCAAGCGUGAUCGCUUUUCAAGAUGGACAGGAAGUUUAGUGUAACCAUUCUCAGUGGUACAUUUAUCACUCAUGUAGCUGUUUAAAAUGAAACAUUUCAAAGGUUAAAAACACCAUUAACUGUCUAAUUUGUGAUUGUGUGAAUAUAUGUACGUGAAAGCGAUUGUAUGUCUGUGACAGAAUGUCUGUGUGAAAGAAUUAGCUUUAGGAUGAGAGCUAAUUUCAUAUUCCUUCAUAUAGGUUCCAAAUGAGUGAAUAAGAAAAGGUCAAUAGUUCAAAGGUCAGCUAGGUUUAAUUUAUAUGUAUUUUGUUUCUUAAAAAUUUUGAUUUUCUUAAUAGAAAGUGGUCUUUUAUUAUAGAGAAUCCAUUUGUGUUUCCUUUUUUGUUUUCAGAUCUGUAAUCUUUAAUAAUAAACAAUUCAAUAAAGGAAAGGAUCAUUUGGCA